AUGGCGAACUUACCAAGCAAUGUGAUGCAAUCUCAUGAGAUGGUUAACUCCGUUUAUCCUCAUCAAAUGGUUAAUUCCGGUUAUCUUCAUAUCAAUCUAAUGCAGCAAGUGGUUACCAGUUCUAAUCCACCACUGCCAUGUUUCAACAACGGUCAAGCUCCUUCGAUGUGGGAACCUGAUGUGCAGAAUCUGUAUAGCAGUCUAGGAGUUUGA